AUGGAUCAGCAGCAGGCUACAUUCGAGCAUCUCCAGCAGAGCAUUGAUCGCAUUGAGAGUCGUCAGAAAAAAAAGAAAUUUGUUCUUAUAUUUGAUGAUGUAUGGGAAGUUUAUGCUCCACGGGAGGUUGGAAUUCCAAUUGAAGUUGAUGGAGGAAAACUCAUAAUAACCACCAGAUCAAAGGAUGUGUGCCUAAAAAUAGGGUGCAAAGAAAUCAUCAAAGUGGAACCGCUUUAUGAGGAAGAAGCAUGGGAGCUUUUCAACAAAACACUUGAACGGUACAAUGCACUUAGCCAAAAAGAAGAAGAAAUAGUCAAAGAUAUUGUCAAGGAAUGUGCGAGUUUACCUCUUGCCAUUGUCACAACAGCGAGAAGUAUGAGUGUUGUGUAUGACAUUGUUGAAUGGAGGAAUGCAUUGAAUGAAUUGAGGGAACAUGUUAAAGGGCACACAAUUGACAUGGAAAAUGAUGUAUUUAAAAUAUUGGAAUUCAGCUACAAUCUCUUGAAUGAUGAAAAACUUCAAGAAUGUUUAUUGUAUUGUGCAUUAUUUCCUGAAGAUUAUGAGAUUAGAAGGGUAUCUUUGAUCAAAUACUGGAUUCCUAAGGGGUUGGUAGAAGAAAUGGGAAGUAGGCAGGCAGAACGUGAUAAAAGACAUGCAAUACUAAACAAACUUGAAAAUGUGUUUGUUGGAAAAAUGUGA